AUGGUAAAAAUAAAACACAAUUCCACUACAACUGAGGAAAAUCUUUGUACAAAUUCCACUAAUCUAACUCCUAGAACUUUUUUUUAUUUCUUCAGACAAACAAAAAUUCAUGUUUUUGUUCCUAAAAGAGCUGUUGGGCAAAUUUUAUUUAAAAAAGAGCUUUCCAUUUCUGAAAUGCAAUGGAAAUCGUGGUUGUGUUGUUGCAAGAGUUGGUGUAAAGCAGAUGUUGAUGUGAAUUGGGCUAAAAAUAAAUUAGAGUUGGGAUUUGACUGA